AAAAGAACAACCACGCCGAUCUCAUCUGGGUCUUUAUGGUUCCUGUUGCCAUUAUUAGGAGAUCGUCCAUGCGAUCAUAUUUUUGGUGGAAAACUGCACAAGUGUCCGUUUGGACAGACCUUGGAGAACGGUCGACGCCUUGUUGGGGCCAAGUGUUUCCCAGAACGCUAAAAAGCAGAACUUUACGGGGUCUUGGCUCCGCUGUGUGAGCCUUCGUUUUCUCUUUCUACACCGCCUCCAUUACUGAGACGCCCAAAUUGUGUCUCUAUUUUUCUAUGGUUUGUUUUGUUGUCAAUAUGUCGCCGUGAUGGAGUUUCUGUGUUUGACAGAAAUGAAUCAGGGCCUGACCCGCAGUCGCAACAACCCGGUCUCCUCUCCCUUUGCCCCAUUUAAUGCUAGAGCGCACGGUCGCUCUCUCCCUGGAGCUCGGCCUAAAUACCUCUCACCGAAAGGAGACAACUAUGGAGAAGAAUCCAAACAGCAACAAGGUUCCGCCCCGUUCGAGUUCUACAGGCCCAGCAGCCGGCGAAUCUAAACCGAAAACAGAUGGUAAGAGUAAUGGAAGCUCUAAGCGCUACAGCCGCAAGCGAGAGCCCUCCCUUCCCAAGAGUGACAGUUUCCCUGGCCCUCGUCGCACCAAUUCACAGAAAAGCAAGAAUUUUGACAAGAGGCCCACCCAGAGAGGUGAAGCCCGGCAGUAUGGCAUUACAGGUGGAGGAAGACGUGAAGAGGUAGCAGAGUGCCGCCGGGCCGAGUUCAGCCCGGCUCAGUUUGCUGGACCCAAAAAGAUCAGUUUGAACCACUUGCUCAACUUCACGUUUGAGCCUCGUGGGGGCCAUGGUGGCCUAGGAGGAGAGAAACACUCCUGCUGGGGCCGCCACAACAAGUGGGGCCACAAGCAUAAGCCCUUCAACAAGGAGCUUUUCCUCCAGGCCAACUGCCAGUUUGUGGUGACUGAUGACCAGGACUACAAGGCUCACUUCACUGACCCAGACACUCUUGUGAACUGGGACUGUGUGCAGCAAGUGCGCAUCUACAGUCAUGAGGUUCCCUCCUGCCCCAUCUGCCUCUACCCCCCUGUAGCGGCCCAUAUCACCCGCUGUGGCCACAUCUUCUGCUGGCCAUGCAUGCUGCACUACCUGUCUCUCAGUGACAAAAGCUGGUCCAAGUGCCCCAUCUGUUAUGAGUCUGUACACUCUGACGACCUCAAAAGUGUGGUUGCGAUGGAGACCAGGCAGUAUGCAGUUGGUGACCUCAUCACCAUGCGCCUAAUGCGAAGGGAGAAGGGGGCUCUGGUGGCCAUGCCCACCUCCCAGUGGGUGAAGGUGGAGGGGCCUAUUUGCUUUGGAGAUGUCCACCUGAGCCCGUACUCCAAGCUGCUGCUUGCCUCUCAAGAGCAGUUACUGGGCCUGGUGGCUGAGGAGAAGUUUGUUUUGCAGGCUCAGCUCACCCUGGAGGAGGAUGCCACAGCCUGUUUCAUCCAGAGCGCCUUGUGCAGUCUCCAGGAGCGAGAGGAGGCUCUGCUGAAGCACCAGAAGGCAUGUACUAAGGACAACUUAGAACUGUCAAGUCUCACUCUGGCAGACCCCCUCUCCCCUGAGGAGGAAGUAGUGACAAUCUUCAGCAGUACCAAGCCGGUGCUGCAAUACUCCUCUGCAUUUGAUGAUGAGGUAGCAGAGGUUCCAGAGGAGGACCCAGAGGAUGCGCCUGGUGAGGAACCAAAGCUCCCGGAAGGACUCCUGGAGACAGUGCUGGAGGAGUCCACUGAGGCCUCUGGGGAUGCAGCUCCAGAGCCCCAGCCUGCUGAGGAGAACCCUCCCAGCCAGGCUGAAACAAUGCGCCCCCAAACCUCAGAGCAUGGCCCAUCCUAUUACUUCUACCAAGCGGAGGACUGCCAGCAGAUGUUUUUGCACCCAGUGAACGUGCGCUGUCUGCUGCGUGAGUACGGCAGCCUGGAGGCCAGCCCUCACACCAUCACUGCCACUGUGGUGGAGAUUGAGGGGCAGACUAUCACAGAGGAGAUUCGCCGUCGACACCGCUACCUGGCUCACCUGCCGCUCACCUGUGAGUUCAGCAUCUGUGAGCUGGCCCUGCAGCCCCCCACCCUGUCCAAAGAGACCCUGGACAGCUUUGCAGAUGACUUGGAGAAAAGAAAGCGUCUUAGACAAAAGAAAGCAAGGGAUGAGAAGCGUAGGGAGAGGCGUAUUGAGAUGGAGGAGAACAAGAAGCAGGGGAAAUAUCCAGAGGUGCAUAUUGGGCUGGAGAAUUUUCAGCAGUUCCCGGCAUUUGGGUCACCACUUCACAAUGGCAGUCCACCUGUGUACCCUGAAUUUCUGUUAGCCCCUCCCUCAUUCCUCAGCAGCAGCCCUGUCUCUGAUGGGCUGAUGUUCCCCAGUCUGAGUGGACACAGCCCUGUGCCCAGCGUGGGCAGUGUGGAGGAUGACUCUAACUGCAUGUCGUUCGCUCAGAUGCUGAGAGAUGGGAAAGCCAGGGUAGAUGCUGGGCCAUGGACCACCUCAAAGAAAGUGGCAGAUAGUGAUGGAGAGAGUGAUGGAGAGAGUAGCCGGGUCCCAGUUCCCAGCUUCCAGAACUCUUUCAGCCAGGCCUUCGAGGAGGCACUCCUGCAGCACCAAGGUCCAACUGCUCCAACCCAGCCGUUGGUCAUCCCUGAGGAAAAGAGAGGGAAAAAGAAGAAGAAACAGAAGCUUCUAUUCAGCACCUCCAUGGUUCACACAAAGUAGACUACACUGAAGUUGAGACUUCUCCCUUUACCCUCACACUUUUUAUUUGAUCCAUCUCCUGCUGUCACUCUUGUCAUUUUUCCAUGCAGCUUUAUUUUAGAAUUAUAAGCAAUGGAGAUUUACGAUAGUGCGAGCGUGCAAAGAUUUUGUCAGACAUACUUUGGGGUUAGACGGCUCAGUUUACCGUAGUAGGAUCUACUUAAGGUUGAUUAAAAUGGAAUAAGUUUAAGGGAUGCAUUUUAUAUUUGGGGUAGCAGUCAGCCAAUGAACCCUUCAGAUUUUCAAUCCUGAGUCCGAACACUGUCAGCCAUGAAUUUGGUCUUCAAACAAAUGUCUACUUAACUAACUAUUAAAAGGCAGAAGCUGACGCACACCUCAAACACUUUUAGAGGUGCAGACUGAGCGUAAACUAAAAAAAUAGGCGCACACUGUUUCCAAACAUUUUAAUGGGUAUAGUAACCAGCAUUGCUGAAACAUUGGUUGGGAGUAUAAUUAGUGUGCCACUUUAUUUUUAUACUAAACUAACAAAAUCCCUUCCAUUGAAAGUUGUUAUAUUUGAGCUUCAUGCUGAGAUGGCCUGAACAUAGCAGAACCUCUGUGCAUGAGUCUGAUUCUCUUAACAGUCUGGAGGGAAUGCAAGGAAUACAGUGUAGCUUGUAUUAAAGAGGCUUGAAAACCUGUUGUGUGUGUGUGUGGCUGGCUGAGAAAUGCGCUGUAGACCUUGUUUGAUUUAUUAGACCAUGCAUAUUAAUUUUCUUCUCUUUGUUCAGUUUUCCCCUUUUACCACAGGCAUUUUGCUGUCCUUUUCCUCAUUUUACUUUGAAGAACUAGUGUGCGGUCCAAUUUGUAACAUUGUCUUUUUACCCCCUGGUUUCAAUUCAGUAUUGCAAAUAUAGUUUGUGUGAAGCUAGAGAUUUGCAUACUUUUGAUUGCUUGCUAUAUGAGUGAAAAGGUGGGAUUUAAAGACACUAUGUACACUUAGAAGGCUAUUUUAUUUACCUUUUGAUUAUUUGGGGGCAAACAUGAGUAAACAUGAAAUAGGCUUACAUUAACUGGCCUGACAUUGGAAUGAAUAAAGGGUUAUGCUCAAGCAAA